UGCCGCUACGCGGCUCUAGCAUUUUAGGGUCCGUGAAUCGAUCGAAUUUUAAUUUGAAAAAAAUACUAAUUAGCAGGAUUCAUUUGCAAUCUUUCGCGAUUGUAUUAGUACAAGAGUGAAGCCUCAAUUGCACUAAUUCUUUUUCAUAGCAUUCAAAUCUGAGAACAUUUAUAUAAAAAUGUACGUACAUUUAAUUAAAUUAAGCUACUAGCCAUGUAUUUAAAAAGGAAUUAUAAAAUUUCGACAUUUAUGCAACUUUGUAUUUUAUUAAUAAACGUUUAGUUGAAGUUAAUUAACUUAUGAUGCAAUCAUCUUCCCUAAUCACAGAGUGGUCGGUCCUGAUCCUUCAACCGACUUUAAAUAACAAGUAAACAAAGACAGGAUUUAGAAAGAAACUUAAGUUAACAAGAAAUCUAACCUCACGCACUAUGUGACAGGCGGAUACCUAACCUAUGUCAAUUCAAAACAAUGAAAGUCUCAGCGAUAAGUUUGAAAACUCUGCACGUGCCAUCGACAUUUCAAAACUAAAUUAAUACAUGUUUUUAAUGGUAACAAUUCUGUACAGAGCGAUGUCCUCGCUCUCGUUAAGAAAAUUGAAAAAAGCAGCGAUAGAGAAGGUCGACAGGCAACGAAAGAAGAUCGACCGAUUUGACGGACUUACGGAGGAGGAGGUGCAAAAAUACACUCUGCCGGACUACUUGGAAAUGAAUCUGGAUGUGGUCUUCGUCGGUAUAAAUCCGGGUCUGAUGGCAGCCCAUCGUGGCAGGUAUUACGCCGGUCCAGGUAACCAUUUUUACAAACUUUUGCAUGAGUCAGGAUUAACACCCCGAUGCCUGAGUUACGAGGAGGAUAACAAACUUCUGCAGUUUGGAAUCGGUUUGACGAACAUAGUGGCCCGAGCCACGAGGUCCUCGGCCGACUUGAAACGUACAGAGAUCAAAGAGGGUUCUAAGGUUGUCGAAGAGAAAUUGAGGCUUUACAAGCCAAGGAUCGCCGUCUUCAAUGGUAAAUGCAUUUACGAGGUAUUUGCUAGUAGAACGGGUAACUUCAACUUUGGGCUCCAAUCAGAAAAAGUUGGCGAGACCGCGAUUUGGGUCACACCGUCGAGCAGUGCCCGUUGUGCGAACUUUCCGAGAAUGAUAGACAAACUGCAGUUUUUCACUUCCUUGAGAAGGUAUUUGCAGUUCCUGAAGGGAGAGAUCAAGGACGUCGACAUGAAGGAGUUCUCGUUUGAAGGGAAAUGCAAGCAGUUCAUCCCGCGGACGUCGAAAAUGUGGCGGCGAAAAAAUGUAUCCGCGUUCUUGCAUGGAGGAAGGAUUGCUAACAAAGACACUGUAUGUCUAGACACAUCUGAUGAAAAUGUUGCAAUGGCUCGUAGCACGGAGUUCAUUGUAAGAAAUCUCGAGUCUGAAAGAAAUGAUAAGAUACUUGAUACAGAAUCUGAUUCGUCGCAAGAGGCAUGUAUUUCUCAGGAUACUGUAAAAACGUUUUUCGAAAGUAAUGAAUCACCAGAAAGGCUGCCGCAAUCUCCAAACGAUAUAGCAAUGGAUCCAAAUCCAACUGCAGACAUGAAGAAACCUAAAUGCCGAACAAAUGGUAAAAAGAAAAAAGAUGUUAAAAAAUUUUCGAAGAAGCCAAUCAGAAGCGAAGGUCUCGAUAAGAACACUAACGCAGAUUUUAUAAAUUUGAUAAAACAAAGACUGAUAGGAAAAAUAAACAAUUUUGAUAAAUAGAUCGAACGUAUUUUAACUCACGAUUUAAUUAUAGUAGUAGGAUAACUUAAUUCGGCGAAAGUACAAAUAGAAUACUAAUGGAAGAUUGAUAUCUUUAUAUUUAUGUUUUGUAUAAAAGUCUGAAAUUAUGUGUGUGAUAAUGAUAAAAUUUAUAAUUAUUAAAUCUUGUUAUUGAAAUAAUAAAACUAAUUAUGCAAAUUUUCAUAUAA